UGUAUAUGUGUGUUAGUGAAUGUGAGUACGGGGAAGCAGCCGCCGCCAUUUCAGGGAGGCUGCGGACGUUGUCGCAGGCUUGGAUCCUGAGCUGCGGAAGCCGCUGUCCUGCACUCCCGAGCGGCCUUCUCUAAUCCCAUUGUUUCUUUUAGAUUUGCUCGGGCCUAUCCGCCCUCGGAGCCUGAAAUUCGGGCUGGGCGGUACUGCGGCCCGGGCCUAGAGGCUUAACUGUAGCAACAGCGGCGGCAGCUGCAGCAGCUCCCUUCUUUCUGAACACGAGCAGCACAGGGGCCCGGAAGCCCGCACAGGCGUUUAGAGAAAAUGGCAGACGAUAUUGAUAUUGAAGCAAUGCUUGAAGCUCCUUACAAGAAGACUUGCCUAACGAUAUCUCACCUCUACUCCCAUGAAUUCACCUUUGAUUCCAGUGUGAACUGUCAAUCAUAAGGAUGAGAACAAGUUGAGCAGUGCUAAUGGCCAUGAAGAACGUAGCAAAAAACAAAGUUUCUGCCUCCUUGGAAAGCUCUACAUCUCCUUGUGAUUGGAGUGUGGGUUUCAAGAUUCCGGAAGGUGGGAAAAAAAGCAAGAGCAGAAGUCGUAGUCAUGAACGAAAAAGAAGCAAAAGUAAGGAACGGAAGCGAAGCAGAGAUAGAGAAAGGAAAAAGAGCAAAAGCCGUGAAAGGAAGCGAAGUAGAAGCAAAGAAAGGAGACGGAGCCGCUCAAGAAGUCGAGAUCGCAGAUUCAGAGGCCGCUACAGAAGUCCUUACUCCGGACCAAAAUUUAACAGUGCCAUCCGAGGAAAGAUUGGGUUGCCUCAUAGCAUCAAAUUAAGCAGACGACGCUCCCGAAGCAAAAGUCCUUUCAGAAAAGACAAGAGCCCUGUGAGGGAACCUAUCGAUAAUUUAACUCCUGAGGAAAGAGAUGCAAGGACUGUUUUCUGCAUGCAGCUGGCAGCAAGAAUUCGGCCAAGGGAUUUGGAAGAGUUUUUCUCUACAGUAGGAAAGGUUCGAGAUGUGAGAAUGAUUUCUGAUAGAAAUUCAAGACGUUCCAAAGGAAUUGCUUAUGUGGAAUUUGUUGAUGUUAGCUCAGUGCCUCUAGCAAUAGGAUUAACUGGCCAACGGGUUUUAGGAGUGCCAAUCAUAGUACAGGCAUCACAGGCAGAAAAAAACAGAGCUGCAGCAAUGGCAAACAAUCUACAAAAAGGAAGUGCUGGACCUAUGAGGCUUUAUGUGGGCUCAUUACAUUUUAACAUAACUGAAGAUAUGCUUCGGGGGAUCUUUGAGCCUUUUGGAAGGAUUGAAAGUAUUCAGCUCAUGAUGGAUAGUGAAACAGGUCGAUCCAAAGGAUACGGAUUUAUUACGUUUUCUGAUUCAGAAUGUGCCAAGAAGGCUUUGGAACAACUUAAUGGAUUUGAGCUAGCUGGAAGACCAAUGAAAGUUGGUCAUGUUACUGAACGUACUGAUGCUUCCAGCGCUAGCUCAUUUUUGGACAGUGAUGAACUGGAAAGGACUGGAAUUGACUUGGGAACAACUGGUCGUCUCCAAUUAAUGGCAAGACUUGCAGAGGGUACAGGUUUGCAGAUCCCACCAGCAGCACAGCAAGCUCUGCAAAUGAGUGGCUCUUUGGCAUUUGGUGCUGUGGCAGAAUUCUCUUUUGUUAUAGAUUUGCAAACAAGACUUUCUCAACAGACUGAAGCUUCAGCUUUAGCUGCGGCUGCCUCUGUUCAACCUCUUGCAACACAGUGUUUUCAACUCUCUAACAUGUUUAACCCUCAAACGGAAGAAGAAGUUGGAUGGGAUACAGAGAUUAAGGAUGAUGUGAUUGAAGAAUGUAAUAAACAUGGAGGAGUUAUUCAUAUUUAUGUUGACAAAAAUUCAGCUCAGGGCAAUGUGUAUGUGAAGUGCCCGUCAAUUGCUGCAGCCAUUGCUGCUGUCAAUGCAUUGCAUGGCAGGUGGUUUGCUGGUAAAAUGAUAACAGCAGCAUAUGUACCUCUUCCAACUUAUCACAACCUAUUUCCUGAUUCUAUGACAGCAACACAACUACUGGUUCCAAGUAGACGAUGAAGGAAGAUAUAGUCUCUUAUGUACAUAGCUCUUUUUCUUUCUUGAGAAUUCAUCUUGAGUUAUCUUUUAUUUAGAUAAAAAUAAAGAGGCAAGGGUCUACUGUCAUUUGUAUACAAUUCCUGUUACCUUGAAAAAAUAAAAAUGUUAACAGGAAUUGCAGUGUGCUCAUUCUCCCUAACUAGCAAAUCCCACUGUAUACAAAGCUGUUGUUCUCUUGUUCUGCCUUUUAAAUGUACAUGUAGAAAAUUACAUUAAAGAUCUAUAGGAAUAGCUCUAGGGAAACAAAUGUGCUUAAUGUAAAAAGGCAGACAGGGAUAUGAUGUUUUUAAUGUUUCAUUUCAGAAGCCUAACUUUUUACACAGCAGUUACAUUUCACAUUUUUGCUAAUGUUACUUUUAGCUAAUGGUUUAGCAGGGGUUUCUGAAAUGCAUAUUUAGUGUAUGGAAACUCAAGACAGCUUAAGGGCUGUUUGAUUAACAUCUCACAUUCUGAUCAAUUGGCAAGAAAAGGUUUCAAAAUUUCAUUUUUGAAUGGUAUCUUUUCAAUUAAUGUAUCUGUAAAAGUUUCUUUGUAAAUAUGUGUUCUGGUGUGUCUAAGGUCCCAAACAAAAUGAUCCCUGCAUUUCCUCAAGAUGUUUAGUGACAGUCUGGUUAAGGCAAAGCAGUCUGAGCAAGAAAUAGGAAAUGCAGAAAUAGGUUUUGUCUGGUUGCAUAUAAUCUUUGCUCUUUUUAAGCUCUGUGAGCUCUGAAAUAUAUUUUUGGGUUACUUCAGUGUGUUUGACAAGACAGCUUGAUAUUUCUAUCAAACAAAUGACUUUCAUAUUGCAACAAUCUUUGUAAGAACCACUCAAAUAAAAUUCUCUUUAAAAGGCCA